AUGGAUCGCAAGGAUUGCCGUAGCCCCCUCUUAUCGCUUAUCGUUCGAGCUCCGAACUCCAAUUGUUUCAUCCAAGCCUCUCCAUUCACAGAGCUGUUCCAGCAAUGGCGCAUCCUUAUUCGAAUGACAGAUAUUCAGGAUGGGGGCAGCGACCAUUCCCACCCCGCGAUGAUCGGGACGGUCGCAUGUAUGACGACCACAACGACUCGCGGCCAUUUGGCGGUACAAGAUCCUCCCCGCACGGUAAAGGUGCCUGAGCUACAAACAUCUCAGCAACAGGACCAUACUCUCCAUGUGGUAGAGAUUGUCGCUAAUCUGAUUUUUAUGGCAAACAAAGACCGCCCCCGCUCGCCUCGAAGGGCAGCGGCAGACCGCAGACACGACUAUCCUCGGGACCGAGAUUCUGGCCCGGGGUCUCGAGGCUAUGGCCGAGAUGACUAUCGCCGCCGAGACUCCCGGUCGCCACCUCGCCGUGGUAGGCAACAAUACAAAGAUCGCGAUCGUGAAGGUUAUCGAAGCGGGAGCCACAGCCGCAGUCGCAGCCCUCGACGAGGCCAGCCCCAUAUUGGAAAUGAGAGCCGAGAAGUAAUGAUGGAAGGAUUCCCAGUGGAUAUGACGGAAGAUGAUAUCACUGCUGAACUCAGGGUGGCCUAUCACGUUGAAGGCCUCGAAGACGUCCGUGUCAUUCGUGACCGUCAAACAAAACUGUCGAGGCAGCUUGGGUUCCUGCGUUUCCCAACCAUUGAGCAAUCACGAGAGUUCGUGGAAAGGAACUUCCCCAACAUCUUCUUCUAUGGACCCAGUGCCGGCCCAAACGAUCGCAGUACCAAAGUGCGUAUUGCAUACAGCCGUGAGCGAGAAGAAAGGUCUCGUCCGAAAGGGGAGGGAGAUUGGACGUGCCGCAUGUGCGCUAUCUCCAAUUAUUCCACCCGCGGAAAGUGCUUCAAGUGCAACGCUCCACGACCUGAAAUGGCUUCUUCUGGCCUGCUUGGAGCUCCGGCUCCCAAAGUUGCCAAUUCUGGCGAUAAUGAUGCUGCUCCUGAGAACCAACCAUCCCAGUUCCUUCUGUUUCGUGGCUUGGAUCACUCAGUCACUGAGCAACUCCUCGGUAGGGGUGUUGCCAAAUUGUACCGUCCAUCUGGAGGCAAUGAAAGCGCACCCAACAAUUCCAAGAAAGGGUCCAAAGUGGCCUCUACGACUGGUGACAGCAACCUAGGAGCACGUGAAGGCUCCAUUCGCCGUGUAUUGCUUGUGCGUGAUCGCAAGACAAAUGACAGUUGGGGAUAUGGAUUUGCAGAAUUUGCAGGUGUCAUGGACGCGCAAGCUGCGAUGACCCGACUGAAGUCUUUCGAAAAGUUCACCAUCUCAUCAAAGCCGGUCAUGGUCAGCUACAUCCAUGCUGGCGUGUUCAUCCCCGUCUUGAACCCCUCCGCUAGCUCUGAUGGAUUCACAUUCAGCCCACUAAACAAUCAAUUCUUGAAGCUGAUGUACUGGGACGACGAGGCUUAUGUCACGGAGCUGACUAUCUCGGCCGAGGAAGAAGAUACCGCCUUUGAGCAGUCUACCCAGCAGAACAACACAGUCAAGGGCACAAAGGACUCGGAGAAGGCCAAAAAGAGAAAAGGGGAUGCCGCCGCUGGCGCAAGUACCAAGAAGCUUGCGAUGCCGUCUCAGCUCCAGUUUUGGAGUGACCGCCACGCUGAGCUCCACGGAACUUCAGACAACAUUAAUGGGACCACUGUCGCGAAUGCGCCCGCUGAAGAAGUCCAGUCUUAUGCCGACUACAACAAAGUUUGCUGCUGGUUGUGCAUGCGCCUACUGAGGGAUAUACCCAAGCUGAAACAGCACGAGCGCUUUAGUGAACUGCACCGCGCCAACCUCCAGAACAAGGAAUUAACCGAUUACGCCAUGUACAAAUUGGUCAAACAUGAUCUCAUCAAACCACCCGAAGAUUAUCGACAGCCCUCCAUCCAAGAAUACCGGGACCGUGCGAAGGAGCGUCGCCAGGCCCUUGGUCCUACCGUCCCCGCUGGAUCUCAGAAAACCGCAGCCCCUGCACCAAAGGAAGAGGAUGAACCAGUGCAGACCAAGUCGACAUCCAAGGGUGCUUCUCUUCUCGGCAAAAUGGGAUGGUCCGAAGGUACCGGUCUAGGCGCACAGGGAACGGGUGUAAUUGAGCCUAUUGCCACCGAAGUUUAUGCCCAGGGUGUUGGCCUUGGGGCUCGAGGAGGCAAGUUGGGUGAUGCAACCGAGGAAGCAGCCCGAAACACGCGUGGUCGGUAUGAGGAGUUCUUGGAGAAGACUAAGGACAAUGCCCGCCAGCGUUACGACGAGAUGAACAACUCUUAG